GCGAAUCUUGUCAGGCUCUGGGCCGCUGAGCUCCGUGUGGGACGCCGAGGCCGGCCGGUGGCAGGUGCGGGAGGAGGCUGGUCGCCACGUCGGGGCAGGCGCUGGCGUUCUGCUCCCUUUCGCCAGUUCUCGAGGCUGAGGUCAGGAACCAGAGCGGCGGCCGGCGCAGCCCCGGGGCCAUGGAGUCCCGGAGCCCCGGAGCCCCGGGCAUGGCGGCCUCGGAGGCGGCGCCCGCUCUGGCUGAGGACGCGGGGUCGGCGCCCUGGGCGCAGCUGGACACCCCCGCCCGGUUCCUGCUGCAGGCGCUGCAGUCGGGGCCGGAGGGGGCGCGGCGCGGCCUGGGGCUGCUGCGGGCGCUGGGCAGUCGCGGCGAGGAACCCUUCUGCUGGGGCUACGUCCUAGAGGCGCUGUGCCGGGAGGAGCCCGUCGUGGAGGGCCCGGACUGUCGCCUGGAGCUGAGGCCACUGCUGCUGCGAUUGCCCCCGUUAUGCCAGAGGAACCUGAUGUCCCUGCUGAUGGCUGUCCGGCCCUCGCUGCCCGAGAGCAGCCUGCUCCCGGUGCUGCAGAUUGCACAACAAGCGCAACAAGCCGACGCCUGGCUCCGGGCCCUGGGGCAGUUGCUGCGGAGGGACCUGAGCGCCGGGGUAGCGGUUGAGGGAGCGGGCCCCCUGUCUACACACUGCCAGAGAGAGCUCCAGGGCCUGUGCGGGCGGCUGCGCCAGGGAGGCCGGAGGCUGCAGUUAGCCCAGGCUCCCGUUCCCGACGAGGAAGAGAAGGAGGGCCAGGACUCCCCGCGGCCUGGGAAACGCAGAAAGGGGCCAGAGGAAGAGCUUGCCAGUCCUGAGGGCCAGAGGGCCCCCAAAAGGUUCCGGCGUUUGGAAAGGGAAGGGGAAGGAGGUCAGGAGGAGGAGAGACGUGAACCUGAAUCUUUGGAGACCCGGGCAGCUGGAGGAGGUGCCUCACCCAUCAAGAACCAGCCUGUCAGAGCUGAGCCCAGGGAGGCUGGUCAGAGUCUGGAGGAGGCUCAGGGCCUAGCCGAGAAUUUGGAGUUGCCCAAAGCUGUCCAGGACCAGGUUCCCAGGCUGCAGCAGCUGCUCAAGACCUUCGGGGAGGGGUCGGAGGGUGCCCCCCCGCCUGAGCUGCAGCUUCUCCAUGAAUGCAGUCCUAGCCAGAUGGACCUGCUGUGUGCCCAGCUGCAGCUCCCGCAGCUCUCGGACCCAGCUCUCCUGCAGCUCUGCACCUGGCUCCUGUCCGUUUCACCAGAUCUUAGCCUUAGCAAUGCGACCGUUCUGACCAAGAGCCUCUUCCUUAGACGGAUUCUCUCCCUGACUUCCUCAGCCUCCCGCCUGCUCAUGACUGCCCUGACCUCCUUCUGUGCCAAGUAUGCCUAUCCUGUCUGCAGAGCCCUUCUUGGCCCCGUGCUCCAGGCCCCAGGAACAGGUCCAGCUCAAACAGAGUUAUUGUGUUGCCUCCUGAAGGAUGAGGCCCUGGAGCCAGACAUGCAGCUUCUAAUGCUGGGACAGAUCUUGGAGCUGCCCUGGAAAGAGGACACUUUCUUGGUGUUGCAGUCACUGCUGGAGCGGCAGGUGGAGAUGACCCCUGAAAAGUUCAGUGUGUUGAUGGAGAAGCUCUGUAAAGAGGGGCCAGUGGCCACCACAUCUGUGGCCUAUGCCAAGCUCAUGCUGACGGUGAUGACCAAGUAUCAGGCCAGUAUCACUGAGAUCCAGAGGCUGGGCCUGGCCACAGCCCUAGAGCUCAACACCACUUUCCUGAGGAAGUCCCUGAAGGCCGCCCUGAGACAUCUGGCCCCCUGACCAUGCACUAAGGGACCACACUCCUGGAGCUCCCUCACCAGCUGCCUGAAGGAUACUUCUGCCCUCAGCACCUCAUCCUGACCCCUUGCCUGGGGGUAAAGGCUGAGCCUGGCCAACCCAGGGGUCCGCUGCCUCCCUGUUCCAGGAUGCAGAGAGGACAUCUUGGCCUCCCAGCCAGCAGGGAAGGUCCUGGGCUAAGCAGCCUUGAUGAGCUUUAUUUCCAAGGGAUGCUGACUUUGGGCUCACUCCUUGUCACUUUUACUUCAGACCGUGGGGACAGAAACUUUCUGAAAGGCCUCAGUAGGGUCAAAGCAGACCUAGGUAGAUGAAUGAUGCUUCAGGAUCCCUGAGGUAACCUGUGUCCUCAGCACAAAUCUCUUGCGCUCAAGUGUAUGUUAUGACCCUCUGUGUUCUGACUUGGAUAAUUUAUUAAAAAGCAGUUAUUUAAUAAAAAGCAGGAAGUUUUAAUAUUUUCUUCAAAGCAACG